CAUCUUCAUUAAAGUAAGAAAAUAGCCCUAGCUCCUCCCAGCGAUGGCGUAUGUCGAUCACUCUUUCUCCAUCUCCGAGGAUCCCACCGGCACAUUCAUCAUCAACAACAAGCCGCCAGUGAAGGAGAUCGCGUUGUCCGUGGCGCUUCUGGCGCUGGGCGCCAUUGGCAUGGUGAUCGGGAUCUUCAUGAUCUACAACAAGAUCGGAGGUGACUCGGGACACGGCGUGGCAUUUACGAUCCUCGGAGCUUUGCUCUUCUUGCCGGGGUUCUACUAUACCAGAAUCGCUUACUACGCUUACAAGGGCUACAAGGGUUUCUCCUUCGCGACGAUCCCAGCAGUGUAGAGGGAAGAUAGAAGGUUCUCUCUCUAUACUGCUCGAGUUAGAGCACUGUUUAUCAAAAGACUUGGUCGAGCGAAAACGAGGGGUUUUCUCUCCUUUCCUUCGCAUUGUUUUGUUUGGGUUGUCUUAUCUUUAAAUGCAGCAGCGUGUUGACCCGA